AUGGAUACAAGGGCGUUGAACGAGAGUGUUGAAUGCGAUCUUUGGAAUCUCAGUGCACGAUCUCUGCGCCGAAAUUUGGACAUCCGGCGCGAACAGGCUGAAAUUCUGAAUAGGAGUUUUGAAGAGAAAACUAAGGAUAUUGAGCAAAUGACAAAGAAGUCGAUAACAGCCCAGAUUAUUCAGUAUGACCGAGUAAUUUCUGAAAGAACGAAGCUACUCAACGAAUUGGAUGAAAUUACAUCAGAAGAGAAAGUGUCGCAGCCAACGCCUACGCCUCGUCGGGAUGGUGUAGAACCUUUAGAUUUGGCUCAGCUUGAGGAGUCUACGAUAGCAGAUGAAAAGAGCAACGUGUCUGUCUCAGGAUCUGGGGGAAAUCACCGAAGCUCAUUAUCCGAGGUAAAAUAA